AUGCCUGACCUUCCUCAGACACACCCUGAAGUCACAUGGGCUCAGCGCUCCUCGAGCACUGAGGCCGAGCGCAAUUACCUCUACGUGGAUAUCAAGGCUUCCGAUGUUGCCAAGUCUGCUGCAGACCUGAAGAUCACUUCGAAAAAUGUCUCGUUCACUGGUGAAUCCAAGAAGGGCGUGAAGUAUCAUGUGUCGCUCGACUUGUACGCCGAAAUCGACCCCGAGAACAGCAAAGUGAACCACAACGACCGUGAAGUUGAGCUGGUUCUGCGGAAGAAGGAGCUGAAGGAAGAAUUCUGGCCUCGUCUGCUGGAGACUAAGCAGAGAGUUCACUUCUUGAAGACCGACUUUGACAAGUGGGUCGACGAGGAUGAACAGGACGAGGUCCCUGACGAGGACUAUGCGAACAACUUCGGUGACUUCGGUGGUGGUGAUGGCGGUGCCGGCGGUCUUGGAAACAUUGAUUUCUCGAAGCUGGGUGGUCUUGACCCCAGUGCCCUUGCUGGACUUGGUGGACAGCCUGGCGAAGAGGAAGCAGAAGGUGCUGAGGGUGACGAGGAGGAGGAAGAUAUGCCCGAGCUCGAGCCCGCCGACGACAAGGGUGAGGCCAAGAACCCCAAGAUCCAAGAGGUCUCAUAA